AUGAGUCAACAGGCGCUGGGUUUGGCUUUAUUGAGCCUUUUUGCGAUCGCGCAGUGCGGACCUCCAGGCAAACCGACGCUAGGAUGGGGUGAACGGACCUUUGCUAUCGUCGAAGUCAACCAAGCAGCUACAGCUUAUAACCAGCUUGUAACAAGGAAAGAUGCAGCUGACGUCACAGUUACAUGGAAUGUAUGGUCUGGAGAUCCAGCAGAUUCAGCUAAGGUUUUAUUGGAUGGAAAAGAAUACUGGUCUGGGGAUUCCAGGGCUGCUGGUACAGCUACUUUUAAAAUUAAGAAAGGUGGUCGCUAUAUGAUGGAAGUCCAGCUUUGUAAUAAAGACGGCUGCAGUUCCAGUGAUCCGACAGAAAUUGUUGUUGCCGACACAGAUGGUAGCCAUUUACCACCCCUAGAUUACACUCUGGAUGAAAAACAUAAGCCAUUUAAACAGACUUCAGGAAAGGUUGUUGGUGCUUACUUUGUUGAAUGGGGAGUUUAUCCAAGAAAGUAUCCCGUGGACCGUAUACCAAUCCCGAAUUUAACUCAUCUUUUGUACGGUUUUAUCCCGAUUUGUGGUGGAGAUGGAAUCAACGACAGUUUGAAGGAAAUUGAGGGAAGUUUCCAAGCGUUACAGCGAUCUUGCAGUGGCCGAGAAGACUUUAAAGUAUCCAUUCACGACCCCUGGGCUGCGUUACAAAAACCACAAAAGGGACUUUCUUCAUGGAAUGAACCAUACAAAGGCAACUUUGGCCAACUGAUGUCUUUAAAACAAGCGAGACCAGAUCUUAAGAUUCUUCCUUCUAUUGGUGGUUGGACCCUCGCUGAUCCAUUCUUCUUCUUCGAUGACAAGGUAAAGAGAGCGCGUUUCAUUGACUCAGUAAAAGACUUCCUUCAAACCUGGAAAUUUUUCGAUGGAGUAGACAUAGACUGGGAAUUCCCUGGAGGUAAGGGCGCAAACCCGACACUUGGUGGUCCUAAGGAUGGUGAAGUCUAUGUUAUAUUAAUGAAGGAGCUAAGAGAAAUGCUUAACGAAUUAUCCGCUGAAAUGGGCAAGAAAUACGAAUUGACAUCAGCUAUAAGUGCUGGAUGGGACAAAAUCCAAGUUGUAGACUACAAAGCUGCGCAGACCUACAUGGAUCAUAUUUUUGUUAUGAGCUAUGACUUUAAGGGUGCAUGGUCCAAUGAUACUUUAGGUCAUCAAACCUCACUGUACGCUCCCGAGUGGAACUCAAAGGAAACUUAUACCACUGACUUCGGUGUUCAGUACCUAUUGGCUCAAGGCGUGAACCCGAAGAAAAUUGUCGUAGGUGUUGCAAUGUAUGGACGUGGGUGGACUGGAGUACAUAAUUAUACAGAAGGUAAUCCAUUCACGGGGAUCGCAACAGGACCUUGCAAGGGUACAUGGCAGGACGGUGUGGUCGAUUAUAGGGAAAUUGCAAAUGAAAUUGCUCAAAACAAAUGGGAGUUCCACUACGAUAACGUCGCUCAAGCUCCUUAUGUGUUCAGACCAUCUACAGGGGAACUUGUUACAUACGACAACGCGAGAUCUGUUACCGAGAAAGGUAAAUACGUAAGAAAGAAUUACCUAGGUGGUUUGUUCGCGUGGGAAAUAGACGCAGAUAACGGUGACAUAUUGAACGCAAUGAACAUGGCUUUAGGUAACAGUCCUGCGUAA